AUGAGUAUUCUUAGUUGGAAUUGCCGUGGGCUUGGGAACCCACGGGCUUUACAAUUCCUAAAGGAUAUUGUGAUCCAAAAGAGGCCCAAAUUCAUUUUUCUAUGUGAAACUUUAAGUAAAAAGGAUGUUCUGGAAAGGCUUCGUGUAAGACUUGGGUUUGAAGGUCUACUUGCUGUUGAUGUUGUGGGUAGAAGUGGGGGAAUUGCUCUUCUUUGGAAAAUUGAGGAGGACGUUCAGGUGCUUGGUUUUUCCAACUCAUAUAUUGAUGUUAGUAUUCACAAUGAUAAUAAUUUGGUGUGGAGAUUAACAGGGUGCUAUGGUGAACCCAACAGAAACUUUAGAUACAAAACUUGGGAUUUAUUGAGGACUUUAUCUACUAGACAUACGCUGUCGUGGUGUAUAGUAGGUGAUUUGAAUAAUGUGUGCUGUAUUGAAGAUAAAAGAGGUGGUAAUCCAUAUCCUACUUGGUUAAUUGAUGGAUUCAAUCAAGCUUUAUUUGACUGCAAUUUGAGGGAUUUGGAGCUUACUGGCUACCCCUUUACGUGGGAAAAAGGAAGAGGAGCGGACAAUUGGAUCGAGGUCCGAUUGGAUAGAGCGCUGGCUUCUCAACAUUGGUUAGACCAUUAUAAUUCAGCAAAAUUAUUCAAUAUCGAUGUUACUAGUUCUGAUCAUACUCCUUUACUUCUAGUCCCCUGCUCGUAUGAUACAGCUGCCCCUAAAAGAAGGUUUCGUUUUGAAAAUUGCUGGCUCCGUGAACCAAUGUGUGCCCAAGUCAUAAAAGAUAGCUGGUCCAGUUGUCCUUCUGAUGCCAUUACUGAAAAAAUAGCACACUGCAGCAACAUUUUACAAACUUGGGGAGAUAGCUACUCGGGUAACUUCAAGGACAGAAUUAAACAUCUCAAACAAGAGGUUCAAUACUGGAAGAAAGGAAGGGAUGCUUUAUCUGUCAAUAAACACAAAGAAGCUGAACAAAAUUUAACUAACUCUAUCUCUAAGCUUCAAAAUUCAGCUGGUUAUUGGGUGGAUUGGCAAAGUGGUUUGGCUGACGCAAUUAAAGAUUAUUUUACUGAUCUAUUCAACUCCUCACCACACACAGCUGAUGCUAUUACUGACAGCAUUCCCACAACAAUUUCGACUGCCCAAAAUAUGUUUUUGCUUGCACCUGUUACCGAAGAGGAAGUGAGUAAAGCUGUGAAACAAAUGCACCCCGAUAAAUCACCUGGUCCAGACGGCAUGACACCAGGUUUUUAUCAGCGUAAUUGGAAUGUUGUAGGCACGGAUGUCAUAAAACUAGUGAGAAACUUCUUCCUUUCUGGUUUGUUACCCGCUGGUUUAAAUCACACAAACAUGGUUUUAAUUCCUAAGAAAAAGAAUCCUAUGACCAUGGGUGACCUUAGACCAAUCUCUUUAUGCAAUGUCUUAUACAAAAUAAUCUCUAAAGUGGUGGCUAAUCGGCUCAAAGAGGUACUACCGCAGCUUAUUUCUGAGUAUCAAAGCGCCUUCAUACCGGGACAUUUGAUUUCAGACAAUAUCAUGAUUUCAUAUGAGGUUAUGCAUUACUUGAAGAGGAAAAGACAUGGAAAGGAAGGUUUUAUGGCUUUGAAGCUUGAUUUUAGUAAAGCUUACGAUCGUGUCGAAUGGUCCUUUAUUGAAGCUAUGAUGAAGAAGAUGGGAUUUCAUGAUCAUUUUGUGCAACUGAUUCUCCAGUGUGUUUCCACCGUUCAAUACACAAUUCUUAAUAGUGGAAAAGAAGUCGGCCCUAUCACUCCCCACAGAGGUAUUCGCCAAGGUGACCCAUUAUCUUCAUACUUAUUUCUAAUCUGUGCCGAAGGAUUUUCCUCUAUCAUUAAACGGUUUGAAUCAUCUAGACUUUUAAGAGGAUGUAGAGUGGCUAAUGGAGCUCCAGUCAUUUCCCACAUGCUCUUCGCCGAUGAUAGCUAUGUCUAUUGUAGAGCAAACGACAGAGAAGUCUCUAAUGUUCUCAACAUGCUUCAAACUUUUCAACUUGCCUCUGGCCAAGAAGUGAAUUUUGCUAAAUCUUCUGUUUUUUUUAGUUCUAAUACUACAAGGACUACUAGAGAUAGAGUUUGCCAACAGUUGAAUAUUGCUGAAGCUGAUGAAGACAGCUUUUACCUAGGACUGCCAUGUUUGGAAGGUCGAAAUAAAAAUGCCAUUUUGGGUUUCUUGAAGGACAAAAUGCAAAAACGUGUUCAACAAUGGGAGAGUCGAUUCUUAUCAAAGGGAGGCAAGGAAGUCCUCUUAAAGACAGUUGCACAAGCUCUCCCAAGCUACGCAAUGUCUGUCUUCUUGCUACCUAUUGAGACUUGUAAGUCCAUGGAGAGUAUCAUGAGCAAAUUCUGGUGGAAGUCUUCAUCACAGAGUCAAGGAGUAACUUGGGCAAGCUGGAAUAGGCUCAGUAAACACAAAAAUGAAGGAGGGUUGGGUUUUAGAGACUUAAGAGACUACAAUUUAGCUAUGCUUGGUAAGCAAGCUUGGAGAUUGAUAACCAAUGAUGCUUCUAUAGUUUCAAAAGUCUAUAAAGCAAGAUAUUACCCCCAUGCUUCUUUUUUCUCUGCCUCUCUUGGAAAUAACCCCAGUUUUAUUUGGAAAAGCCUCUUUGAAACCAAGUCUCUUAUUGAAGCAGGUGCUGUCAUCCAUAUUGGAAAUGGGCUAAAAACAAGUAUCACUUCAGAUCCUUGGCUUCUGGAUUUACAUAACCACAGAGUCAUUUCAACACAUCCUGCUAUUAUCAAUCAGAAAGUAGCAAGUCUAAUGUGUAUUGAUGAGCCUAAAUGGGAUCCUGAAAUCCUGGACGACUUAUUUGAAGAAAGGGAUAAAGCUCUCAUUCUUGGAAUCCCUCUGAGUCAUGUUGAAAGGGAUGAUUGUUGGAGUUGGAUGCUUGAAAGAACUGGUAUCUAUUCAGUAAAAAGUGCAUACAGAUUUCUUCAACAGUCCAAAAACACUACCCAAAGUGAUUCUGACUUCUGGAAAGUGUAUUGGAAAAUUCAGAUUCCUCCUAAGGUCCUUCACUUCAGCUGGAAGGCUAUAACUGGAUGUCUCCCUACAAAAAUCCAGCUUCAAACAAAGCAUGUACCAGUCGAUAGUACCUGCCCUUUAUGCAACAAUGCUGCUGAAACCAUCAUACAUGUGCUAGUUUAUUGUCCCUUUGCAAUCUCCUGCUGGAACAGAUCGAGCAUCAGCUCUUGCACCAGCAACUUUGCUGAUUUUGGGACCUGGUUUGAAGAAAAAAAAGCACGGCAUAAUGACAACAUUCAGAAGGAGAUAUUGAUGAUAGCUUGGGCUAUUUGGAAUGCAAGAAACAAACUUCUUUGGAAUCGAAAAACUAUGAUAGCUGCUGAAGAUGCUGAGGUUGAGCAUUGGAUUUCACCGGCGCACGAUACGAUUAAGGUCAAUAAUGUAGACGGAGCAAUUUUUGAAGCUUCAAAUGCCUUCGGGUUUGGUUUUAUUGCUAGGAGCUGCGAUGGUAAGUUGAUAGAAGGUGUUUCAACUUAUAAAAUUGGUCGCGUAGCUCCUGAGAUUGCUGAAGUAACUGGCAUUAAAGAAGCCCUCAGUUGGAUAAAGGAUAAAGGAUGGCAAAAAGUCUCCCUUGAAACCGAUUGUCUAGUAGCUGUUCAAGCUUUACACAGUUCGGCUUCUCUUCCUUCAGCUUUUGGCUUGCUCAUUCUUGAUUGCCAGCAACUAUUGGCUAAGUUGCAUAAUGUUAAGAUUUAUUUUGUCAAACGUUCUGCUAACAGGGCCACGCAUUUUCUUGCACGAAGCUCUUGUUUUUCGUCAGUUCGUGUUUUUUAUGACUACAACUCACCUUCUGAGUUAGUAGAGAUUGUUAAGAACAAUUAUCCUUAUUAA